AUGACCUCUGGCAUGCCAAACUUCAACUUGGAAGAAUCCAAAGAAUUUGAUUAUCUUGAUUCCGAGACCUACUUUGAAUCAGAAGCAAUCAAAGAUUUCUUUGACUUGGGAGAGUCAGAAGCUUUGUCUGGAAUAGAUUAUCAUAAAGUGUGGUAUGGACCUCGUAAGCCAAGAGAACUACAAGCAAGAGAUUAUCUUGUAGAAUAUCUGAAGAGGCCACUGAAGGACAGGAAGAAUUCUGAUCCCUUCUUCACCUGCCCUCCUCAUCUUGAUGAUCGAUCACCUGGUGUAGAUUCCCUCCAGCUGAUGAACGAAAUGUUGCAAUCAGAUAAGCACUAUUGGCCUCAAUACAUCCUUGAUAUACUCAACACCAAACCAUCAGAGAAGAUCAAAAAUUUUUGGGCCUUCAUCUUUGCAAUUGCAGAUUUUAUGCCAACACCAUGUCUUCAGAUCACUUUUUUUGCUGUGUUAAAGGAGCAAAAGAACAUUCCAUCAGGAUUUGAUGAUAAAAUUAAGAUGAAUGGUAUAUUUGAACAUGUAUUAUACAGAUAUGCAAAGAGAAUGAAAGAGCAUGUUGUCCUACUUGGAAGAAGAGUGGUUUACAUCAAGAAAGAAGAAGCAAUAGAUAUCUUCACAAGAGACAAGCAAGAAAAGCUGGGGGAAUAUGCAAUCAACUUUGAGAAAAAGUGGUCUCCUGAUGAAGAGGUGGUUUUGUAUAAAAACUGGGCUUCACACAUGCUUGUAUACAUACAAGUGAAAGGUCCCAUAAAGGCACUACUUGAGACCCAAGCAAUCCAGGCCAGUCUGAUAACAUCAUAUAAUAGAGAUGAUAGAGCACAAUGUCUUGUAAAUUGGGAGGGUGAACGUUUUCAAGCUCUUGCAAAGGAAGCAGUUGAUAUUAUCCAGUCUUCAAGCAAACACUCAUUGAACAAAUUUGAGAUGUACCAAUCAGAAUAUAGCUAUGGUAUCUCUUCUUAUUGGGCUUAUGAGGUUGAAGAUAUUAGGAAAGUUUUAGGAUUCUGGUCAACCUAUAUGCCCUUUCACUUUGAUAUUCAGUUCCACCCAGGUUCAUGGAAACCCUAUAGUUUUCUUGCAUUUUUGAUUAUGGAUAAAACCAAAGAUAAUGACUUGGAAAAGCUCAUGAAGAGAUUUUUACCAAUCACAGCUACUUGUGAACCCUCUACUGUUCUUGUAGCUUUUCUUGAAUUUCUUGAACACAAUUCUGAAUCUCAAAGGCUCAGAACAAAGGCAAGAGAUGCUCUAAAAAUUAUUGAAAGUGAACAUCAGCAAGAGAAGGUAGACUCUGAGGAGGUAUUUAAAAAGAAGGCCAAAAUGGAGGUUUAG